GCCUGUACAUAAAGUCGAUAAGUUGCCUUAAGUACUUAUUGGCAUUUAAGCGCUCAUAAAUUUGUUCAUUUACCAUAUUUAUUGCGGCCAUGAGCGACAUGGUGCCAUCGCUGCCAUUUCCCAUGCAUCCCAAAAUGCAUGAGGAUCAGACACUGGCAUUUACCGCCAAAGAGGACGAGGAGGAACGGCGCCACAUACAGAAAGUGCAGAAUGCCUUUCAGUACUACAGACGUUACGCCUACAUAAGGGUUAACAAAACGGAAGCUUACCUGAACAGCUUGUCCGCUGAAGAUCAGCGCCUGCUCAGCAAAUAUCGUUCGCAUUUGGACAACGUGCGGAGCUGCAUCGACUGCAAUCAAUCUGUGAUCUGUGAGAUCUUGCGCGAUCGCGUUCUCUAUCCCACAAGCGAUGGCGACACGGACAUAGAGCUGGAUGAGGCGCCCGACCAUGUGCGACAUGGUGACAUGGAUCAAACUAAUUUUCUUGUUGAUGGUCAUGAUGAUGAUGUUGUUGUUGCUGAUGAUGUUGAUGUUGAACCUCUAAAAAUUUUAAAGGCCCAAUCCACAUUGAAGCUGAUCGCACGUGACUGGAGCGCCGAAUGUGCCAUAGAACGUGAGCAAUCCUACAAGCCGAUCAUCGACAGCAUCGAGGAGUAUUACAAGCCAUCCGAUUAUAAACUGAAUGAGAUUAAGAUCCUGGUGCCUGGCGCUGGCCUGGGCAGGCUCACCUAUGAGCUGGCCUGCCGUGGCUACGCCUGCGAGGGCAACGAGUUCUCCUACUUCAUGCUGAUCGCAUCCAAUUUCGUGCUCAAUCUGUGCGACUACGAGAACAAGCACGUGCUCUAUCCCUGGGUGCAUCAGUACGUGAACAAUAUGCGACGCGCCGAUCAGGUGGCCUCUGUGCGCUUCCCCGACGUGUGCCCGGUCAGGAAUCCUCCCAAGGGCAAUAUUGAGAUGGCAGCCGGAGAUUUUCUGGAGGUCUAUAAAUCGCCGAAUGCAUACAAUUGUGUGGCAACAUGUUUCUUUAUCGAUUGUGCCAACAAUGUUAUCGAUUUUGUACGCACAAUUUACAAGAUUCUAGUGCCUGGCGGCAUUUGGGUGAAUCUGGGACCGCUGCUCUACCACUACAGCGACAUCAAUGGCCAGAACAGCAUUGAGCCAACGUACGAGGAUCUGAUCAUCAUUAUGGAGAGCAUCGGAUUUGACAUAUUGAGCUCGCGCAGUGGUAUACGCACCAAAUACGCACAGAAUCCGCAGUCGAUGAAGCAAAGCGAAUAUCAGAGCUUGUUCUGGGUCUGUCGCAAGCCGCCCAAAGACUACAUGAAAGCACAGCAAACGUCGGAGGCGAGGGAGCGCGACAACAAGGAGCCCCCGGAUCUGAUUGUCAACCAAAGCAGCGACCACGAUGUCGAUCUAGAGACUGAGGUGCAACCAAAGCAAACGUGAUAUCACACACACAGACACAUCUGACGAAACAUCAACAGCCACGCCCACCGCGCCUACAAAUAUAUAUAUAUAUAUAUAUAUAUAUAUAUAUAGUAUAUAACGAGAAAACUACACAAAAGUAGCACAAAUAAUAA